CUGCUAUAUUUGACCGCCUUCCCUCUCAUCCCGGGGGAAAUUUUGCCCCGAAGCACUUGCGCUUCAUAUCCAUUCAAGGGGGCAAAAUUUUCUCUCGCGUCUACCGCUCAAGGGCACCGCGCCACCCCGUCAAGGCAUAAACAUGUCGAAAAUGGCUCAGAUGGAGGCUGGCCGCACAAUCCCCAAGUUCGGCGCCUGGGACGUGAACAACCCGGCCUCCGCCGACGGGUUCACGGUCAUCUUCAGCAAGGCCAGGGAUGACAAGAAGGCCCCCGUCAACGUGCACAAGGCCAGCAGGUCCGCCGACGGCAAGGACGCCAGGCCCGACUCCAAGAUGAACCAGUCCUACAGCAACUCCAGGCCCAACACCUCGAAGAAAUGGUUCUGCUGCGUGUCGCCGAGCCCCACGCAGCCCUGAGCCAGGACACUGAGGAAGAGGAGAAGGGGGAUCGGGCGGAGUGUCGCGCGAAUGCGAAUGCGAUGGGAUGGAGGAGAGGGGAGUGUCAAUGUCGCUGCUUCGUUCAUAAACAAACGUACUACUAUCGUACAUACACAAACACUUGCCACUUCGGGGAUGAGAUGAGACGAUGUUGAUGUAAUUAUGCGACGGUCGCACGUGACCCUGUCGCCAGGCGCGAUGUAUGGCUUUCGCAUAAGAGAAAGAAACUUGCUCAUACCAUGCGGAUACAUCUGCUUUCCUUUCAGAUGUUCUCAGCCUCAGGUGCGUGCGUAAACUCCCCAUCCUGCCUGCCACCGGCAGCUUCAAGCUGAGAUGCCCCGUUCGAUGUGGAACCUGCCCUGCAGAACUACCAGAUGAUCGUUAGGGCAAAACUAUAUGCAAAAAUGAUGAUGCAUUAGUAGCUGUUAAUCGCAUGGGUGUAGAGAAUACCACAGCGUUUUUUUUUUAAUUGAGGGGCAUGCCCCCGAUUUCAUUUCAUUGCAUGAAAGGAAACCAAUAAAACAGAUCAAGUAUUCUUCA